AUGGACGAUAUACAGUGCCGUCUUUACCAAUGCAUUCGCCGUCGGGACUCCUGCAUCGACAACACAAACGACAGACCAAAAAAGAAGGAAGAGGGUUAUGUUGUCCCCAAUGGAAUGUCUAACAAUCUUCAGGAACCGUCGUUCUACGAGAAGGGUCCAUUCAGACGGUCUGAUCCGGAAACGUACACUAAGAGCAGGAACGGGAUAUGGCAACGAAAUUACAUCAAGAUGAAAGGAAUGAAGAAGAGGAAGCAGCCCAAAGUAUCGUGUCUUUGGCGAGCAUUGGGCGGGAUUGAUCGAUGGACACCACCACUGUCCCAUCAAGCGUCACGCAAUCCAUAG